AGUUUUCAUACACGGUUAAAUUCAAGUUUAAACGAGACACAUACUGUUUUUUAACCGUCCUUGCGUCGUGACUUCUACGAGAACGAAGCGUUGUACGUUUCUGUUAUCGGAGUUUUUGUUCUCUCUGCAACGAUAUUCCGAAUUCCGAGAAUAUUUAAUUCCUCCCUUAUUACGAGAAAACACGCAUCGUCGAUUUGUGCGAAAAUAAAACACGACAUGUCGCGCACAAAUUAGGUAAUAAUUUGCGUACGGUAAACAGUAGGAUUAGUCUUUUUGGAAUUGCUGCAAUUGUGAAGGAGUGAUAUUGUGAUUUUGUGUUAUUGUGAGAUAUACAAGAUGGAAUCUCGCUUACCUAGACCAAAAUUUACAUCGACAAAAGUGAUCUCUACGAUGGAUGCAAAUAUAAAUGCUAAAAGCACCAAUGAUAAAGUGAUUAAAGAGGAAAACAAUAAUCCAUCAUCGAAAACACUGACUCUAAAAUCAGAAAUGGCACCAACAGGCUCUCUCGUUACGAGGACCAUAAAGGAGAAUAAACCACCAGUUCCUCUACUUCGUGCAAAAACAUUAUCCACAAUUACACGAUUGAACGAGAUGAAGGGUGUGAAACGAGGAGCCACUACUAUGACACAUACUGAACUACCAAAGAGACCAUUCAUUAAACCUUCCGUUACUAAAGCAAUAGCAAACAAACCAAGUGCUAAAACAUUGACUAGUAAUACAGCAAGCAAAGUGAAUAAAGUAACACAGAAUAAUACGGACAACAAACUAAAACCAUGGGAUCUGCGAGGUCGUUUGGCACACACAAGUGACAAAUUAUCAGUUGCGCAGCAAAAAAGCAAAGACAUGGAAUCAAAAUAUAAUGCAAUGCAAGAAUUGGUAAAUACUUUGAAAACUAGCGAGACAGCAUGCAGAACUAAAGCAGAAAAGCUUGAAGAGUCGAACAAUAUUUUAACUAGUGAUCUUCAGAUUUUAAAAGCAGAAGUAUCUACAUUACAAAAACAGCAGGAAGAUUUGACAAAAGAUUUAAAAGAGUCAAAAGAAUUGUGUACAAGCAUUACUUGCACAUUGAACGAAUUUCAAGGGAAAUGUAAAGCACAAGAGGUAACGAUUUCAGAACAAACCAUACAAUUGACAACUUUGAAAGCUGAUUUGGAAGUGGAAAAGAAACAAAAUGAGCAUCUGAGAACUGUGAACGAACAAUUACAAGUAUUGACUUACAACAUGGACAAAGAAUGUCGAAUGCUACACAAUAAUAUACAGGAAUUAAAAGGAAACAUUCGCGUGUUUUGUAGAGUUCGUCCGAGAACUCCAAAAGAAAUUGAACAGAUGAAAGCGUUGUGUAGCAUAAACUUUAUAGACGAAUGUACUAUUGAAGUAGGAAAAUUGGAUGGAUCAGACGCUAUAAGCUGUAGUGGAAAACUAAGAGGAAUAAAACAAGAAUUUACAUUUGAUAAAGUGUUUGCACCAAAAGCAUCACAAGAAGAUGUAUUUGAAGAGUUAUCUCUUUUAGUACAAUCAGCUCUCGAAGGAUAUAAUGUUUGCGUAUUUGCUUAUGGUCAGACUGGUUCUGGCAAGACAUAUACUAUGGAAGGACAAUGUGAAUUGCAGACUGAAGGCAUGAUUCCUAGAACUGUACGUCAUAUAUUCAAAGAAAUGAAACAGUUUCAACUUCUUGGAUGGGAAUAUCGAAUAGAAGCAAGUUUUCUGGAAAUUUACAAUGAGCAUAUCAUUGAUCUUCUUGAUUCUCAACCAAAAUCGCAUGAAAUACGAAUGGUUGAUAGCAAAGGUCAGGAUUUAUAUGUCAGUAAUCUUCAGAUACAAGAAAUACACAGUCCGGAGGAAUUGCAUGAAUGUCUUCGAAUUGCACAAUGUAAUCGAGCUGUUGCAGCUACUCAAUCGAAUGAGCGAUCAUCCAGAUCUCAUUCAGUGACAAGAAUACGACUGAUUGGCACACAUAGUACAAAACAGGAGGUAUCAAUAGGAAAUUUAAAUUUAGUUGACUUGGCUGGUUCCGAGCGUUUGAAAAAUGAAGAAGCUGUCAGAACUACAGAAACGAAAAAUAUUAACAAAUCCUUAGCAAAUCUUGGUAAUGUUAUUUUAGCACUUUUAAAGAAACAGGAACAUAUUCCUUAUAGAAAUUCUAAAUUGACACAUUUGCUUAUGCCUUCUUUGGGAGGCAAUUCCAAAACUUUAAUGUUACUAAAUAUAUCACCAUUAGAUGAGUGUUACAACGAGACAUUAAAUUCAUUGAGAUUUGCCAGCAAUGUCAAUAAUUGCAAAAUAGGAAAUGUUAAACGAAGUCGCAUGGUUUUACAGAACAAUACAAACUGAAUUCAAAAUAUUAAUUUUAAUUAAAAAAUAGUUUAAUUGCACUUUUUGUU